CUGUCAGUUCAGAAUCUAAUCAUCCGAGAAGCUACUUUUACCAACAGCAAGAUGCUGGUGUCCCACAGGUCUGUGCAGUUGUUUGCUGUCAUGUUUCUUAUCAGCUUUACAGCUGGUCGUUGUCAACUAAAUGACGGCCGCCGGGCUGUGACAGAGCACCAGCUGAUGCAUGACCGCGGCCGGAGCAUCCAGAGUCUGAAGAGACUCAUCUGGCUGUCCAGUGCAAUUGAGGGUCUCCACACUGCACAGGCUCGCUCCGCUGCUUUCAACCCUUCCAAGGUCCUGGACAUGGCUCUGAAUCCAGCAGUGAUCCCUGCUGCAGGGAGCCCCCAACCUGCACAGGUUAAGAGCAUACUAAGAGACUUCUUUUAUCCUCAGCUGGCUCGUCUGUCGGAUGGAGAGCCCUAACAACACACUGAUGCACACACAGGCUGCACAUUAAAAAAAAAAAA